GAUUAUUCAAAGUGCCUCCAGCCGUUCCUUCUCUCUCCGCUAGGAUGCUUGAACGUCUUUGCCGCCUUCGUGGUUUUCGUCCUCGCGAUUUCGUGAAGAUGUUCCUGAGAAGCGCAUCAAGCAGAUGUUUUCAUCCUUUUGAGAACGCAAUGAUGCAGCAAUCAAUUGUUGAGAAAGAUCCAGUUGUCAAGGUUUCUGACCAUCAGGUCAUUUGGAAGGGCUUUUUCAGAAAAACUUUUUGGAGAAACAACAAGUCCACCAGCGAAAUAUGCCACAAAGAAGCUGAACGAGCCAUAGGACGUAAUCGUGUGGUUGCAACGGCACAGGACGACGAAAUCGAAGUCCCGGCCCCUCUCCUCGACGAACACGAUCGGCAAUUUGCGACCGACACUUUUAAUGUUUUCCUUGCACCAUCCGAUGUCGUCACUGGCGAGGAUGAACACGACGCGUGGGAACAUGCGGCCGAAGAGAGUCAUGGCUCUUCUGAAGUAUGCGGUCUUGAGGGGUUCCGCGCCGAAUUUAUCUUUGUAGGCGCUCGUCUGAUCGGUGAGUCGGACGUGGAUACCCACGCUGAUGUGCGGGAAGAGAGGCAGGAGGUCGUCCAUGAGGCCAUCUUUGACGACAGGGAUUUUUCCGAAUUUUCUUCCGUAGGAGAAGAGGGUGGCGUAUUCCCCGAUCCGGUUCCCCAGUCUGCCGUUGCUCCCGGUAGUGACGAAGGUCGCGUUCUCACAUUGUUCUGGGGUCAGGGGGAAAUCCGGCCAGAACGGACGAAAUGUUUCCGUCUUCGCUGCUUCCGUGACCUCCGCUGGUUCCGUGGCCUCCGCUGA